GGAAGUGUAAUGUAGGAUGACAGUUCCACAACAACCUGGUGGUGCCCGGCGUAUCAGGCAGUCCUGUGCCCGGAGGGGGGCACGUAGACCGCGGUGCACGGACUGAGCCUGCCUCAGGUGGAGGCUACAUGGCACACUAUGGCUAGCUGGGCUCCCCCUCGGCUGAAUGACUUCAUUCUGACUGAUAAACUGGGCAGCGGCACCUAUGCCACCGUAUAUAAGGCCUACAGGAAGCACAACACACGUGAAGUAGUAGCCAUUAAAUGUGUCAGCAAGAAAAGCCUCAAUAAAGCUUCUGUGGAGAACCUACUAACAGAAAUUGAGAUCCUGAAAACUGUCCGUCAUCCACAUAUCCUUGAGCUGAAAGACUUCCAGUGGGACCGAGACUACAUAUUUCUGAUCACAGAGUACUGUGCUGGGGGAGACCUUUCUCGAUUUAUCCGGACCCGGCGUAUUCUUCCAGAGAAAGUUACGAAACUUUUCCUUCAGCAACUAGCAAGCGCUUUGAAAUUUCUUUAUGAGAAAAAUAUUUCACACUUGGAUCUUAAGCCUCAAAAUAUUCUUCUUAGUAGUCUUGAUCGGCCGCACCUUAAGCUUGCUGAUUUUGGGUUUGCCCAGCACAUGACAUGCCAGGAUGAGCCUCAGUCACUACGAGGAUCUCCUCUGUAUAUGGCUCCUGAGAUUGUAUGCAGGAAACACUAUGACGCUCGAGUAGACCUCUGGUCUGUUGGGGUUAUUCUGUUUGAGGCUUUAUUUGGGAGAGCACCUUUUGCAUCUAGGUCAUUCUCCGAACUGGAAGAAAAAAUAAGAAGCAACCAAAGUAUUGAGCUUCCAACAAGACCACGGGUGUCCCCAGAAUGUCGUGAUUUGCUCCAGCGGCUGUUGGUAAGAGACCCAGAUCUCCGAAUUUCGUUCCCAGACUUCUUCAACCACACAUUUGUGGACUUGGCGCACAUGCCAUGUGCAGAGUCUUUGCAGAAAGCUGCUGCCUUUGUAGUGGAAGCAGUAGAGAAAGAUGGAGCAGGAGAGCAUUCAGCUGCCCUCACAUUGUACUGCCGAGCUCUAGAAUACUUCAUCCCUGCCCUGCACUAUGAAACAGAUGUUCGGCGAAAAGAAGCCAUCCGUUCUAAGGUUUGUCAGUAUGUGUCCAGAGCUGAGGAUCUAAAGUUCCUGGUGUCCUCUAACAAUAAGAGCCUGCUGCAACAGACUAUAUCAUCUCGGGAACUCUUGAAAGAGAUGUCCCAGGACAAGCCACGUCUGUUUGCUGCUUUGGAAGUGGCCUCGGCUGCAGUAGCGAAGGAUGAAGAAGGCAUGACCGCAGAUGCCCUGGAUCUGUACCAGCAGAGUCUAGGGGAAUUGAUACUAAUGCUGUCUGCUGAACUAGCUGGAAGAAGACGGGAGCUACUACAUGCUGAAAUUCAGGCACUCAUGAAGAGAGCAGAAUUUUUAAAGGAACAGAUGAAAACCUCUGAUUGGAAGUCUGAAUCUCUCGGGCAGGAGAUGCUAUCGGAGUCUGUGCGAAGCUCGUGCUCUCUGCAGUAGCCACAAUUUGGGACACUAACCUGAACAGAAAUCUCUACAUAUGGUCAUUUGUCUUAGUAAUAUUAUGUGUAAAUUAAAUUAUUUUCCAAUC